UGAUUGCCAGAUGGGGAUCAAGCCUAGCUAGGCACAAUAGCAAAGAUAGCUAUUUGCAACCACAUGCGCAUUGUCUAGCGACUGUGCGUUGCAACCGCCUCCACAUUUUAUCUUGUUUUCUUACUAUCACCAUCCAACGAUUCAUCUACAUUCAUUCAAACCACACUAACAGAUUACCAUGAGCAUAUCCCCCCCACACAACCGCAAAGGCAGCUUCCUCACUCAGCUCUUUACGCUGCGUCGCAGGAAUCAAAACUUGAAUCUCGAGCCCUACAUUCAUGAUCCCGCGGCCGAUGCACCGCCGCCACCUCCUCCCAAAGAUUACAAGCAGGCACCGGUGUCCGCGCGAAGACCUUUCCUGGGAGAUGGAUACAUCAGCGAGAAGCCCCUCCUAUUCGAUGUCGAUCUCAAUGUUCUAGCUCAGCAGAAGAUAGUGCAGCCACCGCAGCCCGCCUCGCAGCCGAUCCCUUUUCUGAAGCAAACACUGCCACGGAUUCCGAUCAAGGCACAAUCACCUCCUACUACGCCGUUGACGCCCGAAGAGAGAGCGCGCCGCAGGUUGGCUGCGCAGCACCAAUCUCAGCUCGAAAAAGAAGCCAUGCUUAGGGAAGAACAUGAACGCCAAGAGAUGAAACGACGCAAGAAACAGGAGCAAGAACGUCGGGAACGUGAGGAAGAAGAGGAAAGGAAAGCGGCACUGCAAGAGGAGCUGCGGGCCGCGGCGCUAAGGAAAGCAAGAAUGGAGAGAGAGGAUAGAGAAAGAGAACAACAACAAUUGCAAGAGCUACGGGAGAGGAAACAACUCGAGAAAGAGCGGAGACAGCAACACACGAAGAAGAUGGAACGAUGGCGAGCCGAGCAGAUGCAGCGCGUUGAGUCCCAACACAGUGAAAAGGAGGAAGAGCGUAGAAAGUCAGCGGAAGGGAGACGCAUGAGAAUUUCUCGCAUGAACGAGGAUGUAUUCUCCGCCAGCACGGCAGACAAGAUGGUGGGCUGGGUAACGGUACAACCACCCGACAUGCUGGCGUGGAAGAGGCGGUAUUACACAUUUGAAAUGGGCCAUGCAGAAUCCAAGAUGUUGCUGUACGGAAAUCCAAGGGAGGUCGCCAAACCUUUGGACGUCAUCCCUCUGGACGGACGCGUUGAUUCGUUAGCAGAAUGGUAUGAGGGCUUUGAGGAACUAGAGGCGAUUCCUCACUCGUUUGCUGUGCGCUUUGUCGAUGGCGUCGAAUGGCGAAUGUUCGCAGAUUCAGCAGAAGAAAAGGAUCGACUGCUGGUGCUAUUGAGCGAGGCGGCGGGCGUGAUCUUGUAAAGAAUCUGUGAAGUAUUUAUAUGUUAAGUUACAAGAUAACAAGGGAGGGUACAAAUGUGUAUUUCUAGCAGCAGAACCUAUGUGUAGCUUUUUCCAAUCUUUCAGCUAAUAUAUCAUGAUGGAGGUCAAACGACACGUUCGAAAUGAGUAAAGGUGAGUACUUACAUACCGGUUGCGCUAGAGCCUUGUCAAUAGCGUUUAAACGUGGUCUAUACC